GAGGGCAAAGUGUGGGAGAGAGGCGCGGCAAGAUGGCAGGUGCCGCCUUACAGCUGCCAGACGACAUGGCCACCCUCACCCAGGAGCUGGGCACGGCCUUCUUCCAGAGGCAGCAGCUGCCGGCGUCCAUGGCCGACACCUUCUUGGAGCACCUGUGCCUGCUGGACAUCGACUCCGAGCCCAUCACAGCCCGCAGCACGGGCAUCGUCUGCACCAUCGGUCCUGCUUCCCGCUCGGUGGAGAUGCUGCGUGAGAUGAUCAAAGCUGGAAUGAACAUUGCAAGACUGAAUUUCUCCCAUGGCUCCCAUGAGUACCAUGCAGGUUCCAUUGAGAAUAUCCGGGCAGCCACUGAAAGCUUCGCCUCCAACCCCGUCUUCUACCGGCCGGUGGCUAUUGCACUGGAUACCAAAGGCCCGGAAAUCCGUACUGGCCUGAUAAGAGGGGGGGAGGACAAGGAGGUGGAGCUGGUGAAGGGAUCCCAGAUGAUCGUAACCACAGACCCAGCAUUCCGGCAGUUCUGUGACCAGCGCACUGUCUGGGUAGAUUACGCCAACCUGCCCAAGGUCGUCAAAGUCGGCGGACGGAUCUUCAUCGACGACGGGCUCAUUUCCUUACUGAUCAAGGAAAUCCGCCCUGAUGGCUGCGUGGUGGAGGUGGAGAACGGUGGAACUCUCUGCAGCCGCAAAGGGGUGAACCUGCCGGGCGCCGAGGUGGACCUGCCGGCGGUGUCCGAGCGGGACGUUCAGGACCUGCAGUUCGGCCUGAAGCACGGCGUCGACAUCGUCUUUGCCUCCUUCAUCCGCAAGGCCAGCGACGUGGCUGCGGUCCGGCAGGUGCUGGGGGAGCGGGGCCGCAGCAUCAAGGUCAUCAGCAAGAUCGAAAACCACGAGGGGGUCAAAAGGUUUGAUGAAAUCCUGGAGGCCAGUGAUGGCAUCAUGGUGGCCCGCGGCGACCUGGGCAUUGAGAUCCCUGGCGAGAAAGUUUUCCUUGCUCAGAAGAUGAUGAUCGGUCGUUGUAACCGUGCUGGGAAGCCAGUCAUCUGCGCCACUCAGAUGCUGGAGAGCAUGGUCAAAAAGCCCCGGCCCACAAGGGCGGAAGUCAGCGACGUGGCCAACGCGGUGCUGGACGGGGCUGACUGUAUCAUGCUGUCAGGGGAGACGGCCAAGGGCGCCUACCCCGUGGAGGCCGUGCGGAUGCAACAUGCGAUUGCCCGGGAAGCUGAGGCCGCCAUGUACCACCAGCAGCUUUUCCAGGAGUUACGCCGCCUGACCCCACUGAGCCAAGACCCCACCGAAGUGACGGCCAUCGGUGCUGUGGAGGCCUCGUUCAAGUGCUGCGCGGCCGCCAUCAUCGUCCUCACGACAUCUGGCAGAUCUGCGCAGCUGCUCUCUCGCUACCGGCCCCGUGCCCUUAUCAUUGCCGUGACCCGCAAUGACCAGGUGGCCCGGCAGGCGCACCUGAGCCGUGGCAUCUUCCCGGUCCUGUGGCGUGGCGCUAAGGAGGAAGUGUGGGCAGAUGACGUUGACCGGCGUGUGCAGUUUGGCAUCGAGAUAGGCCGGGUCCGUGGGUUCCUGCAGUCGGAGGACGUGGUCAUUGUGGUGACGGGCUGGAGACCCGGAACUGGCUACACAAACAUCAUGAGGGUUCAGCAGGUCCCAUGAAGGCUACAAAAUGCCAACAAAGCUGUAAAG